AUGAGGUUCAAAGGUGCCGGGCAUAUGGCCAUAGUGGCGUUGCGCAUUCUACUGUUUACAAAUCAAGUCUUGGCGCUCAACCUGGAUGUUAACAAUCAGCAAUCCAUCAAAGAUGCCGGGAGCACCGCCGCCUACAACAUGAUGACAUGGUACAAAGAAAAUGGGACAGAUAACCCGGGUUUCAUCUCAAGAUCUUGGUGGACAGGAGCUGCUUUGUUUCUAGCAUGUCUCAAUUAUUGGCAUGCUACAAACGACACAACCUACAACGAUGAAGUCAGCAUCGGAUUACAACAUCAGGGGGGUUCUGGCGGAGACUACAUGCCUUCAUGGGCAGUAGGCAUAGGAAAUGAUGAUCAAAUGUUCUGGGGCCUCGCGGCGAUCACCGCAGCAGAAUAUAAAUUCCCGAAUCGUCCAAGUGGGGACACCUGGCUCACCCUUGCAGAGGGCGUUUUCAAUGACCAGAUAUCGCCAGAAGGGAAGGGAUGGGAGACGACUAUUUGUGGAGGUGGCCUUCGCUGGCAGAAGGAGAUAUGGCAAAGUGGUUAUACCAUGAAGAACGCGGUGUCGAACGGUGGCUUUUUCAUGCUCGCGGCUCGUCUCGCUUGGUAUACCCAAAAGAACAACUACGCCACGUGGGCUGCGAAAGUCUACGACUGGUCUACGACGGUGAAUUUGGUCAAUAAUAAAACCUGGGCAGUGGCAGAUAGUGUCAGAGCAGGCUCUGGGGGUCCCAAUGGCUGCAGUCUUCCUGACCACACCGAGUGGACCUACAACUAUGGUACCUAUAUAUCUGGUGCUGGCUAUAUGUAUGCCUACACAAACGAUACUAAAUGGCUUAAUAUCACAAACAACCUAGUGGAUUCAUUGUUUACUACAUUUUUCCUACCUCAACACGGAGGUGUGAUUACAGACUGGGAGUGCGAAGCUUCGGACGAAUGCUACAAAGAUGCGAAUGGUCCACUUUUCAAAGGCCUUACUGUGUCGUGGCUUGCAGAUGUUGCAUUGAUCGUCCCUUUCCUCAGGGAGAAGAUCCUACCCAAACUCCAAGUUUCUGCCCAGGGUGCUGCAAAUUCAUGCACCGGCAACAACCAAAACCUCUGUGGUAACCGCUGGUACGGCGGGUAUGAUGGGCAAAAUUCAAUGGAGAAUGCAAUGAGUGGUAGUCAGAUAAUGAGUGCUGUUAUGCUGCAAUUUCUAGGCACAUCCUCAAAACCAGUCUCGACAGCAACAGGAGGGAACGGCACAAGCGACCCGAGUGCUGGUACUGGGGAAAGGUCGGGGCCUGCACCGUUGUCGCCUAUCACAACGGCAGAUAGAGCAGGAGCAGGAAUCCUGACAGUGCUUUUCGUGGCUCUUAUGUUAGGCGGAGUGGUCUUUUUGUUUAUGGACCCCUGA